UUUACUAAACACUAAACAGGAGUAGAUUUUUUUUUUUAAAUUUUGGGAGGUUAUGAGUUUCACUUUCCCAAUUAAAAUUAUUUUUUUUUAACCUUUUAUUAAGUUUUCUUUAAAUUAAGAAAGGAAAUUAUGCUGAGUCGAAUAAGAUACUGCAAUGUAACCAAUUUGUCAAGAAAGUUUUAUGGCACUUUAGAGUUAAAAACCAAUCAGGAUGAAAUUUUUUCCGCUAAAAACUCGCCACCAAAACAAGUUGAGCUGCCGUCUUCAUGCCUCCUGGAUGAAGUUAUCAAAGAAAGUAAUGAAAAAAAUAGAAAGAAAACUUGGAAAGAUAUUCUUAGAAAUAUUCAAACAGUUGAAGAAAAAAUAAUAAAAAUCAACAUGCCAAAAUAUUAUGGUUAUGCCACUGUUAAAUUGGAAGAUUCAAGGACACCUUAUAACGCAUUAAAUAUGGUGAAACACUACACAAAUACAAGUUUCGAAGAGGUUGAUAAUCUACCGGAGUUUUAUAAUCAAUUUGUGGUCGAUGAUGUAUGUAAACAGAUUACUUCUGAAAUAGUGGAUUCUAUUGAAUUUUCAAAUGAAUAUUUCAAAUUUCAAAGUAAAAAAAAAAGUUCUAAACAAACGCUAGAUGAAGUAACAGUGCAGCAAAUAAAUCAGUGCCUUUUGAAGCAUUUGUCGAAAAAUUUUCAACAUUUAUCGGAAUUAGAAAUUGAUAUUCGACCACGACAUGAGGCUUUUUGGUGGACCGGUGGUAUUCAACCGACCAAAAAUAUACGGAAAUCAUUAGAAGGUCGGGAGUACACCAAAUUAAAAGCAAACCAGCCAACAUUUAGAGCAAUACAAUACACGGGAAAACCUUUCCUUUCUCUUCGCCAUAGUUUGUCAUUAAAACCAUUUACCGAAGUUUCAAACAUAAAUAAUGCGAACAUUGAUUCACUGAUACCAAUAUACGAAUAUGAUCCCAGAACUCUCGGCUACUCUAUUGAAUAUAGACACGGCACGAUUAUACCAGGAUAUUGGCCAGGAAAUGUAAAUGAAUUUGGAUUUUUAAAUUAUCAACAUCGAAAUAACUCAAUCGAAAUUAAUAAAUUAAUACCUUUAACAGCAGAAAUUUUGCGAGAAGCUAUGCACAUAAAAGGUAUUCAAUCAAGUUUUGCAUGGCUUUUCGCGCAAGCUUGUUAUCAAGGGUUUUCUAAUUUUGAGGAUGUUACUUUCCCAUUUGUAACACAAACCGUAGUAACGAAUGGCCAAUUAUGGUCGUUUUAUGGUUAUCAAUUAAAUACGACUUUACCACGACAUGAUAAUUUUAUUAACAAUGAAAAAAUUAAUAGGUGCUGGGGAACAAAAGAAAUGAAAUUGUAUGAGCAUCUUGAUGAAAACGGUAAAUGUAUUGGUUUUAAUGAAGAAGUUUUAAAAACUUUAAUCAAGUUAUAUGCGAAUCAACCUACAAUCAAACAAAGUAAAAAAAUUCAAAGAAUUAGCGACAUUAAAGAGGAAGAACGCAGAGAGUUUUUAGAAAAGAUAUAUAAACACUUAAUGUCUAAUAGACCAAGAAAUCGCCUUGUUCCUGAAAUUUACAUGUGGGAAAAGAUAUACAAAAUUGAUCAUAAAACUAGGCCUUUGGAAUCCAAAAGGAGAUUCUUUGAGCUAGGAGUCAAUCCAUUUAAGAGACAAUUAGAUCAUCAUAAGCCGGUAUAUAUUCCUAGAGAUUUAAGACCCGAUGGCUAUAAAAGUAGAAAGAGAUGGGCCAAAACGUAUUAUCCUUAAGAAAAAUGUUGAAAUAAACUUAAAUUUUUUUAAAUGUUUAAUAAAAAUUAACAAAUUCAUAGUUAAAAA